AUGUUCCGUUCCCCCCGGGACACGGACACGGACCGCUCCGCUCCGGGACACGGGCCGAGAUGUUCCGCUCCCCCCGGGGCACGGACACGGACCGAACCGCUCUCUCCGGGACACGGACACGGACCGAACCGCUCCGCUCCCCCCGGGACACGGACGUUCACCGAGACGCCCCGCUCCCCCCGGACACGGGCCGAGACGCCCCGCUCCCCUCGGGACACGAACCGAACCGCUCCACUCCCCCCGGGACACGGACAUUCACAGAGACGCCCCGCUUCCCCCGGACACGGGCCGGGAUGUUCCGCUCCCCCCGGGACACGGACAUUCAGAGAGACGCCCCGCUCCCCCCGGACACGGGCCGGGAUGUUCCGCUCCCCCCGGGACACGGACAUUCAGAGAGACGCCCCGCUCCCCCCGGACACGGGCCGAGACGCCCCGCUCCCCUCGGGACACGAACCGAAACGCUCCACUCCCCCCGGGACACGGACAUUCACAGAGACGCCCCGCUUCCCCCGGACACGGGCCGGGAUGUUCCGCUCCCCCCGGGACACGGACAUUCAGAGAGACGCCCCGCUCCCCCCGGACACGGGCCGGGAUGUUCCGCUCCCCCCGGGACACGGACAUUCAGAGAGACGCCCCGCUCCCCCCGGACACGGGCCGGGAUGUUCCGCUCCCCCCGGGACACGGACAUUCAGAGAGACGCCCCGCUCCCCCCGGACACGGGCCGGGAUGAUCCGCUCCCCCCGGGACACAGGCCGGGAUGUUCCGCUCCCCCCGGGACACGGGCAUUCACAGAGACGCCCCGCUCCCCCCGGACACGGGCCGGGAUGUUCCGCUCCACCGGAGAUCACGAACCUCCUACCGAUCACGGAUCGGCCUGGCGCCCACUGA